UUCAGUCAACAAAAACUUUCUCAUGCAUGGAAACCCAAUGGCUGAAAUUUGGUAUUUUUAAUUUUUGAAGAUCAGGGGCUGGAAACAAAUGGAACAUCUUGUUUCAAGGUACUGCCUUCUUUUCAUCAUCUUCAUAUUCAACCUUUCUCUUGUUCCAGUUGUCAAAUCAGGGGAUGCAGAUGCACUUUUAGCUCUAAAAUCAUCCAUUGAUCGUUUCAACACCCUACAAUGGCAAGGCACCAGUGUUUGUUCAUGGCAAGGGGUUAAAGAAUGUAUGGAUGGGAGAGUGACGAAGCUUGUUUUAGAGUACCUAAACUUGACCGGUUCAUUAAACGGAUCCAGCUUGAACCUGUUGGAUCAAAUUAGAGUGUUGAGUUUCAAAGGCAACUCGAUUUCGGGCCAAAUACCUGACCUUUCUGGCUUAGUCAACCUCAAAUCACUUUACCUCAUCAACAACAACUUCACCGGCAAGUUCCCUGAGUCACUUUCCCGUUUACAUCGGUUGAAGAUCAUAGUUUUGGCUGAGAAUCACAUCACUGGUGAAAUCCCAGUUUCUUUGUUGAAACUCAAACGCUUAUACACUCUUUACUUACAAGACAAUAACUUCAACGGUUCAAUCCCACCAUUGAACCAGACAAGCCUCAGGUUCUUCAAUGUGUCGAAUAAUCAACUAGAUGGUCAAAUCCCGGUGACACCGGCUCUGGUUCGGUUCAACAUAUCUUCGUUCUCAGGCAAUGUCGGUCUUUGUGGGGAACAGGUUGGAAACCCAUGUAGGGGAACCAAUUCUGGACCAGCCACCAGCCCGGGUUUGGUCAUUGUUCCAAGCUCAAACCACAAAUUAAACAGGAGAACCAAGCUAAUCAUCAUUGUUGCAGCAAGUGUUGUUGGUGGGGUUUUACUCUUGUGUCUGUUUUGUUUCUUUCUUAUACGUUUUGUUAGAAGAAAACAAGGAAAUGUUAGGUCAAAGGAUGUUAAAAGCAAAGGGGUUGUUACAAUAGAGGAGACUGAGGGAGGGGAAGCCUCAGGCGGCCACGGCGGAAGUGGCGAUCAAAGUGGGAAACAAGGAGGGUUUUGGGAAAGUGAGGGACUAGGGAGUCUAGUGUUCCUGGGAGCAGGGGAUCAACAAAUGAGUUAUAGUUUAGAAGUUUUGUUGAAAGCAUCGGCCGAGACGUUGGGGAGGGGUUCAAUGGGGAGUACGUACAAAGCUGUGAUGGAAUCCGGGUUCAUUGUGACCGUCAAAAGGUUGAAAGAUGCUAGAUACCCGAGAUUACAGGAGUUCAAGGGACACAUGGAGUUGAUCGGACGGCUGAGACACCCCAAUUUGGUCCCACUCAGAGCUUAUUUCCAAGCCAAAGAAGAACGGCUGAUCGUAUAUGAUUAUUUCCCUAAUGGCAGUCUCUUCUCUCUCAUUCAUGGAACAAGAACAUCUGGCGGUGGAAAGCCUCUUCAUUGGACUUCAUGUCUCAAAAUUGCAGAGGAUUUGGCCACCGGGUUGCUUUAUAUUCACCAAAAUCCAGGCCUAACUCAUGGGAAUUUGAAAUCCUCCAAUGUUUUGUUAGGCCCCGACUUUGAAUCAUGCCUCACGGAUUACUAUCUCACUUUGCUCCGAGAUCCAGAUUCACCGGAAGAGCCUGGUGCCACCACAUUUUUCUAUAAGGCACCCGAAUGCCGGGACCUCCAAAAGUCAUCGACUCAACCAGCCGAUGUUUACAGCUUCGGUGUUCUCCUCCUUGAGCUGCUAACAGGCAAAACUCCAUUCCAAGACCUUGUUCAAGAGCACGGCUCAGACAUCCCUCAGUGGGUAAGAUCAGUUCGUGAAGAAGAGACAGAGUCUGGGGACGAACCUACAUCAGGUAACGAAACAGCCGAGGGGAAGCUUCAAGCUCUUUUAAACAUUGCAAUGGCUUGCAUUGCUCAUGCACCCGGAAACCGGCCCCCGAUGAGGGAAGUUUUAAAGAUGAUCAGAGACGUAAGAGCUGAGUCACAAGUUUCAUCAAACAGUAGCGACCAUUCACCCGGACGGUGGUCGGACACCGUUCAGAGCUUGCCUAGAGAGGAACAUCUAAGCAUAUAACAAAGCCUGGGGCAUAAGAUUUUUGCAGGUAUUGAAUUCAAAGUGCUCUCCAAUUCUUUCCCAUUGAAACUUUCAUAAAUCUUCCAAUUAUUUUAUAAUUGUAGAGUGUGUUGUAAAGGUUUCCACAUUUCUUAUUUUU